CUUCUCCCCCCCCCCCCCCCCCAUUCGCUAUAUACUUUGUCACUUGUACAAAUUACCCUCGUUGUCCAACACCCAGCAUCCAUCAUCCAUUGCCAUUCCGGUCGCUACGAUCUACAUCUUUAAUAUAUACUUUGGAGGUAUCAUUUCAAGAUGAGGCACACGUUCGCUCUCGCUUGCACCCUUCUGGGUGCUGUCUUGGCCGCUCCUCAGGGCGUGACCGACCCCAUUAGCCCCGACGGCGAGACCCCCUCCGGAUGUUCGACCAGCUUCGAUGGCAACUUUGAGAUUACCGUCGCUACCAUCACGGAGAAGAGGAGCAUCAGCCAGCCCGAGGUACGUCCCAUCCCGUUGUCCCGUCUCGUGGCUUCCCCCCUCUCCUUGUCUGGCCUCCUAACACUUGAGCAGAAACGCGGGGUAUGCGGCGCCAAUGGCAUCCUGGUCAUGAGCCUGACGGACGGUAUUGCUAAGGACUCGCUGGACCGCACCGGGUACAUCGCGUCCAACUACCAGUUCCAAUUCGACAAGCCGGCCCAGGCUGGCGCCCUCUACACGAGUGGCUUUUCCAUUUGCGAGAAUAACGUGUUGGCUUUGGGCGCCAACAAAACAUUCUACCGUUGUCUGUCAGGCAACUUCUACAACCUCUACGACCGCAACUGGGCCGCCCAGUGCGAGGAGGUCUCUAUCAUCGCCAUGUCCUGCGGCUCCGAAGACACUGCCUCGCAAGCUGGUGACGGCCAAGUUGUUGGCACGACCGUGGUUCAGACCACCAUCAUCACUGCGUUGAGCGACGGACAGCCCCAGGUCGUCACCACCAGCGUCCCCAUCCCCCUGUGCCAGAUUGGUGAUGGACAGGUGCAGGUUCACACCACGCCUUGUGCUUCUGUCACCUCGGUCGCAUCCACAACGCCCGUCCCCGUCAGCCAGUUCUCCGACGGCCAGAUCCAGGUGACACCCCCUGGCACCGCUCCUGCCACCGCACCGCCCGCGACGACCACUGCCGAGGUCACUCUCCCCACCGAGUCGGUCCCUGUCUCGGUCCCCGCCACGGAUUCGCCAUCCGCUGUCAUCUCUGCCAGCACCAGUGCCAGCGCCAGCGAGAGCGCCAGCGUGAGCGAGAGCGUGAGCGAGACGGCCAGUCCCACAACGCCCGAAGGCACCAGCCCAGCCGAGACGUCGCCUGCCGCCACCACAUCGGCCCCUCCCCAGAGCGGAUCCAGUCGUUUCGCCGCUAGCUCUGUCGGUGCUCUGGUCUUCGGCAUGAUGGCUGCCUUCAUCUGUUCGUAAAAAGGCCGUACACGGCUCGAGUUUGGGAGUUGGACGCCAUGGCGGUAACAGCCACCGCCCGCGCUAAUGAUUCAGUAAUGGAUGGCCAUGGAUUGGAAUAAUAUGCGGUAUUGUGUAAUGCGAGAUAUGGCCACCGUUGCCGGUAAUGUCUGAAUUGGGCUGAAGAUGACGAGAGGAAUAAUCGGUGCAAGCAAGCAUAUCUGCAUAGUUGGUAAUACUUAGUGCAUAUACUUGAUGCUAAACAUGAAUAUUGACCACAAUUGCCCUCGACUUGUGAUACGGGCACCUCCCUAACCGUUUGAUGUUUUUAUGUUACCGUAUUUGUUGUGUCAAAUAUAGUUUCUAGUGACCCCUG